AUGUCUCAAUUUAAGAGUGAGCCUAACCCUCAAGUGGAUUGCUUCUGCUUCGACGUCUCACCGUUAGGGAGACAUCGAAGUUUCGGCCAGUUAGAACAAGAAAGUGCGGGUUCAGUGGCGUUAGAAUUGCAGACCAUAAGGACAGAGCUGUAUAGCCAAACUUUAUUUCGUAGGCCUCCAGAGCCUCCAUGCGAGCUGGCUCACCUGACAGAGCCAGUCCAUGAUCACGGACGUAUGAAGUACGGUACCCUGCAAUGGUACCGUACUUCAUACAAUGCGAGGCGAACUCCUGUGCACGAAGAAGAGAUCCAUGUGCGAGAUCUCGCACAUGGAUCUCUUCUUCGAGCAGGAGCCACAUUAGUAUACACGUUUCGCGGCGCGAUGGUGAUAUCUGUCCACAUAGAAGUUGAAGUCAAGAAUACAGGAGUUGCGAAGUUUCGAGAGGGACUUGAGAACUUCGAAAGAAGGGAGAGUGGUUUGAAGAAAAAACUUGGUCGACGGACAGACUUAAAUACUGUUCAAGGGGGUCACAAUUCAACUUGUCCACAGUCCACGGUCUACGGUCUAUUGUCCACAUUGACAAAGGCCAAAGUCAGCAUUAUAACCGGUUUUGUCGCCAGCCAUGUCAAUGUCACCACCACUGACGGUCAUAGCGGUACUGGGUGGGCCUUUGGCAUCGGAGAGGGACUCGACCUGACCAAAGGAACGCUGGGGUAUAGCUCUUGGGACGUAUUGAAAUCGAAAAAGAACUCGAUUGUCAUUGCCGCUGAUGUUGAUGCUCUUGUGAUUACCUUCUUCGUGAAUGGCUCGCUUAAGGCUGCCUUCUUUGGUGCUGGGGUUGGCGAGGAUAAAUCUGGAGGCUAUGGUCAUUCCACCUGGGAAUGAGGACACUAGUGUUCGUCGCUUUGUUCUCGAAGCCCUUCCAAGAUGCUGACACCCAGUAUAGAUUCAAGGAUACCAAGGCAUUUUUCUGAACUUGUCUUGUCACGUCAUUUCGCAAUGAUUGGAAUAAUACAUACUAUUCAAACUUCUUUUCCCUCUCUCUUAUACAACCAAAGCUGCGCUGCUGCGAAAUCAAUUGAAUUCAUAACUGAGGUUAUGUCGCCACACUGGAUGAUAAAUACAUUGAAAUUCAGUGAUUUGACUCACUGGGUUUCCUUCAAGUCAAGUCCCCAAUCCUCAGUUCCGUGUCGGAUGCGUAUGUCAUUGUUUGUCUGAUUAUAUAGCUGCGCUGAGAAUUGUUGUCAGUAGUCUCUUGUCUGUCG